AUGCCGUCCAGCCCCUUGGGAAGCCACUGGUGCUGCCUGAAUCUAUCGGAAAUCGCUGCCCCAGGUGUGGCUGCUUGCUGUCCACAGUUCGGGCUGGGGUUGUUGCUGCCUGAGCCAUCCAGGAAGCCACCAACUGCUGUCCAACAUGUCUUGCAACAUGGAAAAUCAGAGGAGCGGUCUUGUAUAAUCAGCAAGCUUUCAGGAGAAAUUGUGAAGAUGAGCCAGCAGAAAUUUGCUUCAAAUGUUAUUGAGAAAUGCUUGACAUACAGCAGUCCUGAGGAACGCCAGCUUCUAAUAAAUGAGAUGCUUGGUUCUACUGAAGAAAAUGAGCCCUUGCAGGCAAUGAUGAAGGAUCAGUUUGGAAACUAUGUAGUACAGAAGGUUCUGGAGACCUGUGAUGAUCGCAACCGAGAACUCAUAUUGUCACGCAUAAAAGUCCACUUGAAUACGCUUAAGAGGUAUACCUAUGGGAAGCAUAUUGUUGCACGUGUUGAGAAGUUGAUUGCAGCUGGAGAAAGAAGGAUCGGCUCUCCCUCAUCGGCAUGUAAUUCUUCCACCUGUUCUUCAACUUCUUCCAACGGGGCAGACGGGUCCCAGUCUUCGUCAGCUUCUAAUAAUUGA